GCUUGCUCCUGCUCCUCCUCGCUCUAGUUCCGCCGGAGCUGCGAUCUCGGUGAUGGAUCAGUGACCUGUCGUGGUGAGGCCUGCAGAUUGCGCUGGUCAGGGGAGCUAUGGCGAAAAGUCCACGUUCUGUUGUUACCACAGGAACAAAAAGGCCUAGAGAAAAGGCUCGUAAGAAGAAAAAUGAGUCCACUGAUAAUGAAAUCUUGGAGAGUGAAUUUGAUGUUGCCAAGAAAGAGAGCAACGGUGCCACUGAACUUGCUAAUGAGCCUAUUGCCAGCAAGCGACCAAAGAGAGCAGCUGCCUGUUCUAACUUCAAAGAGAAGGCAUUGGGUUUGUCAGAAAAAGAUUCAAUUAUCACAAUCAAGGAAAGUCGGGUUGAAGAGGAGGAAAUAGACGCUGUUAAUUUGACAAGGACUGGACCUGAAGAUGGCCGACCUUGCAGAAAAAUCGUUGAUUUCAUCUUACAUGAUGGAGAUGGUAAUCCUCAACCCUUUGAAAUGUCUGAAGUUGAUGACAUUUUCAUAUCAGCUCUUGUCAUGCCCUUGGAUGAUGAUCUGGAAAAGGACAAGGGAAGGGGAAUACGCUGUGCUGGGUUUGGACGAAUUGAAAACUGGGCAAUUUCCGGCUAUGAUGAAGGUGCUGCAGUAAUUUGGGUCUCAACAGAAACAGCAGAUUACAGAUGUGUGAAGCCAGCAAGCAGUUACAAAUCUUGUUUUGAACAUUUCAGUGAGAAGGCACGUGUCUGUGUUGAAGUCUAUAAGAAGUUAGCUAGAUCAGUUGGUGGAAAUCCUCAGGUUGACUUGGAAGAAUUAAUUGCUGGUGUUGUCCGUUCCAUUAAUUCGAACAGAAGCUUUGCCGGAACAGUGACCAAAGACUUUGUGAUCUCCUCUGGUCAGUUCAUAUAUAAACAGCUUAUUGGAUUAGACCAUACAGCUGACAAUGAUGAUGAGAUGUUGUCUACACUGCCAGUUCUUGUUGCACUUAAAGAUGAAUGUAAAUCAAGAGCAGGAUUCAUGCAUUUGCCAGCUAUGCCCUCGAAUGGAACUCUGAGGAUUAACGAUGGGCAAGGUAAGGGACUGACUGAGGAGGAGGAUGCGAAAUUAGCAAGGCUGUUGCAGGAAGAGGAAGAAUGGAAAAUGAUGAGGCAGAGAGGCAAGCGUGGAACUUCACAGAAAAAUAUCUACAUCAAAAUUAGUGAAACGGAAAUUGCCAACGACUACCCACUGCCAGCAUACUAUAAACCAUAUAACCAAGAAAUGGAUGAGUACAUAUUUGAUAGCGAUAUUGGUAAGUUUUCUGAUGAUGUGCCUGUAAGAAUCCUCGACAAUUGGGCUCUAUACAAUUCAGAUUCCAGACUCAUUUCUUUGGAGCUCAUCCCUAUGAAAGCUGGUGCAGAGAAUGAUACUGUGAUAUUUGGAUCUGGUUUCAUGAGAGAGGAUGACGGUAGUUGCUGUUCAACAGCCGAACGAGCACAAUUAUCUUCUUCCUCAAGUAAAUCUAACCAGGAAGAUCCAGGAGUUCCAAUUUAUUUGAGCCCAAUUAAAGAGUGGAUUGUAGAAUUUGGUGGUUCAAUGAUCUGCAUAGCCAUUCGAACUGAUGUUGCUUGGUACAAAUUACGCCAGCCAACAAAGCAAUAUGCUCCAUGGUGUGAGCCUGUGCUGAAAACAGCAAAGCUAGCUGUCAGUAUCAUCACCCUUUUAAAAGAGCAAAGUCGUGCUUCAAAGCUAUCUUUUGCUGAAGUUAUUAAGAAAGUAGCAGAAUUUGACAGUGGACACCCUGCAUUUGUAUCAUCAAAAGCACCAACUGUUGAAAGAUAUAUCGUGGUUCAUGGACAAAUAAUACUUCAGCAAUUUGCAGACUUUCCAGAUGAGUCUGUUAGACGGUGUGCCUUCGCCACAGGCCUUCUAGCAAAGAUGGAGGAAAGUAGGCAUACAAAGUUGGCCAUCAAGAAAAAAUCUCAACAGAUGAGAGGGGAGAAUCUGAACCCAAGUGCAAAAAUGGGUCCAAUACUGAGAAGGAAGCUUAUGCGUGCUACGACUACAACGUUGAUCAGCAAGAUAUGGGGUGAUUACUAUGCCACUUAUUUUCCAGGGGACACGAAAGAUCAGAAUGAACAAAAGGAAAUUGAAGAUGACCAGGAAGAAAAUGAAGACAAUGAUGCUGAAGAUGAGGUAAAUGUUGAAAAUGAUAAGACCAUGAGGAUCCCACCAUCAACGUGGUCUAGAAAGUUGUCAUCAGAUACUUGCAAGGAAAUCGAAUGGGAAGGUCAAACAGCUGGAAAAACAGCAUCAGGAGAAGUUCUGUACAAAUGUGUUAGAGUUCAAGACCUCAGUAUUUCUGUUGGUGCAGCAGUCAUAUUAGAAGAUGAUUCAGGAGAAAGCAUCAUGUGUUUUGUUGAGUAUAUGUAUGAGAAACAUGAUGGUAAAAAUAUGGUUCAUGGAAUACUUCUGCAAGAAGGCUCUCGGACUAUUCUUGGCAAUGCUGCAAAUGAAAGAGAGGUUUUCUUGACUAAUGACUGUUUAGAAUUCGAAGUAAGUGACAUCAAAGGAUUGGUGACGGUUAAUAUCCAAUCUCUGCAUUGGGGCCACAAGUACAGAAAAGAGAACUCUGAAGCUAAUAGAAUUGAAAAGGCCAAUGCAGAGGAGAGGAAACGGAAGGGUCUGCCAGUGGAAUAUUUUUGCAAAAGCUUAUACUGGCCUGAGAAAGGUGGAUUCUUCUCCCUUCGGUAUGAUGAAAUUGGAAAUGGCACGGGCAUUUGUAGCUCUUGUGAGAGAAAACCAGUUGGUGAUGAAUUUAAGAUACUUUCUGAGACCAGCUUUGUCUUUGAAAAUAUUACAUAUAACACCCAUGACUUUCUGUAUAUCAGACCUGAAUUUUUCUCCCAAGGGGAGGGCCAUGAGACCUAUAAGGCUGGAAGGAACGUGGGUCUAAAGCCUUAUGCAGUAUGCCAUCUGCUGAGUGUCCAUGGUCCUGCUGGAUCAAGGAAAGCUAAUCCAGAAUCAACGAAAGUUACAGUAAGAAGAUUUUACCGUCCUGAUGACAUUUCAUCGACAAAAGCCUACUCAUCACACAUCACCGAGGUGUACUACAGUGAAGAAAUAGUGAGUGUACCUGUGGUGAUGAUAGAGGGAAAAUGUGAGGUUCGACUGAAAGAUGACCUUCCAAAUUCAGAUCUUCCGGUGGUGGUUGAACAUGUCUUUUAUUGUGAAUAUUUGUACGAUCCUGCCAAUGGAGCUCUCAAACAGCUACCACCCAAUAUUAAACUUGUGUCACUGAUAAGGAAGGUACCUGCUUCAAAAAAGAAUAAAGGAAAGCAAAUUUGUGACAUUGAGCUAGGUGAUUCAGACAAACCUAAGGAUAGGCAAUCAGAUAACUGUCUUGCAACGCUGGACAUUUUUGCUGGCUGCGGAGGUUUAUCUGAAGGAUUACAGCGCUCAGAAGUAUCACUUACUAAAUGGGCUAUUGAAUAUGAAGAACCUGCUGGGGAAGCAUUUGGCGAAAACCAUCCAGAAGCUGCAGUAUUUGUUGAGAACUGCAACGUGAUUCUGAAGGCAAUAAUGGAUAAGUGUGGUGACGCCGAUGAUUGCAUCUCCACCUCUGAGGCUGCUGAACGAGCAGCUAAACUUUCUGAGGACAAGAUUAAGAAUCUUCCCGUGCCUGGUGAAGUAGAAUUCAUCAAUGGUGGUCCUCCAUGUCAGGGCUUUUCCGGGAUGAACAGAUUCAAUCAAAGUCCCUGGAGCAAAGUACAGUGCGAGAUGAUUUUAGCAUUCCUUUCAUUUGCGGAGUAUUUUCGUCCUAGAUUCUUUCUUCUAGAAAAUGUUAGGAACUUUGUCUCGUUCAACAAAGGGCAGACCUUCAGGUUGACGCUGGCAUCACUCCUGGAGAUGGGAUACCAGGUCCGUUUUGGAAUUUUAGAGGCAGGGGCGUAUGGUGUUGCGCAGUCCAGGAAAAGGGCAUUCAUUUGGGCUGCCGCACCAGGAGAGGCUCUUCCAGAGUGGCCUGAACCAAUGCACGUCUUUGCUAGCCCUGAGCUGAAAAUAACUCUACCUGAUGGCAAAUACUACGCAGCUGUCAAGAGCACCGCUGCAGGAGCCCCUUUCCGCUCGAUUACAGUUCGAGACACAAUUGGGGAUCUUCCAGCUGUGGAAAACGGCGCAGGCAAACCGACAAUUCAGUACGGACUCGGACCUGUCUCUUGGUUCCAGAAGAAGAUUAGAGGCGACAUGGCUUCACUGAAUGACCACAUAUCUAAAGAGAUGAAUGAGCUGAAUCUCAUAAGAUGCAAGCACGUUCCAAAGCGCCCAGGUUGCGACUGGCAUGACCUGCCAGAAGAAAAGGUAAAGCUGUCCACAGGGCAAAUGGUAGACUUGAUACCCUGGUGCUUGCCCAAAACAGCCAAAAGGCACAAUCAGUGGAAAGGACUGUACGGCCGGUUGGAUUGGGAGGGUAAUUUCCCCACUUCAGUAACAGAUCCCCAGCCAAUGGGCAAGGUCGGCAUGUGCUUCCAUCCUGAGCAGGACAGGAUCAUCACUGUCCGUGAAUGUGCUCGAUCCCAGGGCUUCCCUGAUAGCUAUCGUUUCGCUGGCAACAUCCAGAGCAAGCACAGGCAGAUCGGGAAUGCUGUGCCACCUCCCCUUGCCUAUGCCCUCGGGAGGAAGCUCAAGCAAGCCAUCGACGCCAAGCGAUGAGUCACUUCACUGCAUCACCGUCAUUUUUUGGUUGGUCCAAAAUGGGCUGCAAUAGCAUUAAAGUUUCUAUAUUUUGUGAGCAAUUAAUUGACUCUAAAAGUAAUUCUGGGAUGGUUACAUGAUUGCCUUUUGUAUAUCUAACUUGCUGGUAGGACUGAUACCAUCAAGGUAUUGAUGCAUAGAAACUAUAAAAGUUCAGAGAACCACAUCACUGGGGGGAUACAAAGCUUUUGUAAACAGUAAAACUCUUAUUAAUAUGAUUGCAAGACGGUAACAUGUUGUGUUUGGAUGAAAAAUGGGUGCCUUUUCUGUGAUAAUCACACAAGUGAAGAUUUUAGCAUAACAAGAAUUAACUGUCGAUUUCCAAAGUUGAGAAAAUAAUACAGGCAUACUGGCUAUAUAUACCUUUUGUCUUCAGCACCGGCAUACAUGCCCCUGCUUCAAGGUCACUUGCCACUUGAUCACAUCUCUCUUUCACAGCUAAUUUUUCCAAAGU